GUAAAACCUGUAAAACCUUUUGAAAUAAUUUUACCAUCCUUGAAAAGAUACCGGAAGGUACCACACUUGCUAGUGUAAAAUUUAGUAUAUCCAAGUACUAAGUAUAUCGAGGUAAAAAAAUUUAGUGUAAAAUUUAGAUACCUCGAGGUAUUUUUUUAAGGACUAUAAAUAUCUCAACCUUUUGGGUUUAGAUCACGUUUCGUUUGAAGUGCAAUUUACUCUCUUCUUUUUCAUAGGACUAACCUUGUCAUGCCAGACGCUGCAAUUUCCAGGUAGGCAAGAAGUUGAUUCUGAACAUGAGCAUCGAGGCAGCCUAUCAGAGAGCAAUGAACACAUUAACCAGCUGGGUUCACCGUGAAGUAAACCCACACAAGUCCCUGGUCAUUUUCAGAACAUAUUCACCAGCACACACAAGGGCUAGCAGCAAUGGUGGUUGCGCCAAGGAGACAACACCUGAGCUGAACUCAUCAAGGAUUUCACUUCACCGGUGGCCAGGGAUGGUGAACCCGGCAUUUGAGCCAUCGAGAUCCGGCACGGCGGCGGCGAAGCUGCGUGUGCUGAACGUCACGCUGAUGACGGCGCAGAGGAGGGACGGCCACCCGUCGGUGUUCAAUGUCGCGGCGGCGGCGAGGUCGCCGGCGAGGCAGAGGGCGGACUGCAGCCACUGGUGCCUCCCCGGCGUGCCGGACGCGUGGAACGAGCUCCUCUACGCCAUGAUUCUCAAGAGGUUUUCGUGAUGUUGUAUAUAGUGGAUGUCAAUGCCUGCUCGGCAUUUGGCAACAGAUGGAAUGGAUCAUUUGGGAUCAUGAGAAAUGUGAAGUGGUCAAUUGUCAUUCUGACCGCAUUUUUUUCUGUAAUUAUUACGUUUAAGCAGUAUGCUCUGAUGGAGUUUCCUAGGUUAGAGUACUGUGAUGUUACUGUUAGAAUUAUUCUGAGAAAUUGUACUUUUAUCUCACAAACUGUCUGUGAGGAUAUUGCUUCUGAGUAAUAUAUUCCCUUCU